AUGGCGUCUAAGUUAGAGGAGGAUCUGAGCUGUCCAAUCUGCCUGGAUAUCUUUAAAGAUCCUGUCAUUCUGUCCUGCACACACAGCUUCUGUAGAAUGUGUGUGGACAAGAGCUGGAAGGGGAAGGAGAGCAAGGAGUGUCCUCUCUGUAAGAGGAGACACUCAAAGGAUUACAAUGCUAACUUUACAUUAAAACAUCUGUGUGAGACUUUUCUAUGGGAGCGAGAUCAGAGAUCUUCAGAGGAUCUCUGCAGUCUGCAUCAGGAAAAGCUCAGACUCUUCUGUCUGGACCAUAAGGAGCCGGUAUGUGUCGUCUGCAGAGAUUCAAAAAAACACAGCGAGCACCGAUUCAGACCCGUCAAUGAAGCUGCAGAAGAACACAAGAAGAACCUUGAGGAAACUCUGCAGCCCUUAAAGAAGAAGUUAAAGGCUUUUAAAGAAGUUAAAGUGAAGUUUGGUCUAACAAAAGCUCACAUCGAGGUCCAGGCCCAACACACAGAGAGACAGAUUAAGGAGCAGUUUAAGAAGCUUCAUCAGUUUCUAGCAGAGGAAGAGGAUGCCAGGCUGCGUGCACUGAGGGAGGAAGAGGAGCAGAAGAGACAGACAAUGAAGGAGCAGAUGGAGGCUCUGAUUGCACUGAUAGCAGAUCUUUCACAGACAGUCAGAGCCACAGAGGACCAGCUGACGGCCCUAGACAUCUCCCUCCUGAAAAACUACAAGGCUGCAGUGGAAAGAGUCCAGCAGCACCCUCUGCUGGAGGAGCCACGGCUGCCCUCAGGAGCUCUGAUAGACCAGGCCAAACACCUGGGCAACCUGGGCUUCAACAUCUGGACCAAGAUGAAGGACCUGAUCUCCUACACGCCCGUCAUUCUGGACCCAAACACCACUAGAUCAGACCUCAUCCUCUCUGAUGAUCUGACCACUGUGAGAGGAGAAGAGAGACGACAACUUCCUGAUAAUCCAGAGAGGAUUGAACAUUUCUAUGCUGUCCUGAGCUCUGAGGGCUUUAACUCAGGGACUCACAGCUGGGACAUUGAGGUUGGAGACAGAAUAUCUUGGUUCCUGGGUGUAUUAGCAGAGUCAGUCCAGAGGAAGGGAGACAUUUGGUCUGGAUUAUGGAGAGUAGCUUAUAAUCGUGGUAAAUACACAGCACUCUCACCCUCACACGGUCACACUGUUCUCUCAGUGCAGACACAGUCAAUGAGGAUCAGAGUGAAUCUAGACUGUAACAGAGGAGAGCUGUCAUUCUCUGAUCCUGAUACUAACACACUCAUACACUCCUUCAGACACACUUUUACUGAGAGGUUGUUUCCAUAUUUCAAUCCUGGUUCUGAACUGCCACUGAGGGUUUUACCAGAGAAGGUCUCUGUUACUGUGGAACCAAACUAA